AUGAUUUGGAAAAGCCUUCAGUUUGCUACUGAAUAUUACCAAUUAAAUUCACCAUUGAAACACAGGAUAGCAAUUGAUGCAGUGGCAGAUGCUGGACCGCAUUCACAACCACGGUCGCUCAUUCCCGAAACUACAGCGGCAAAUGAAAUACACUUUUCUGCACCACCUAUACGCCUAACUGAGCAUCCACCAGCUACAAUUUACAAUGCUUUUAAUUUCGUCCUGCAUCAAUGCACAAGCCACAACUUGCAUUUGUUAAAUAUAUCUUAG